ACACUUUGUCAACACGUGAAACGCGGUUUUGAAUUAACUUAUGUGUUUUAAAUGCUGAAAUGGGUUUAACUAAACAAUAUUUGGCCUACCGGGCUAUAGACAGCUUUAAUAUCAUUAACUCCGGCCGCGCUAAUGUAAACUUUGCUAUUGUGGAUAAAACGGAGGGCCGAUAUGUGGCUGCUCCGGCAGCUGAGAAUGUGAUCGUUUGGGAUUUACGAAUGGGCGAUCGUAAACUGACACUACGUCGUGAGAAGUUUGAGGUCACCUGUCUACGGGUCUCCCCUGAUCACCUCCACAUUGCUGUGGGAUAUGCGGAUGGCAUGGUCCAGAUCUUCGAUAUUAGCUCGGAAAGAUACUAUGACCCCAUCUGCACGCUAGCCCUCCACAAGAAUGCGGUGAGCAUUCUGCGAUAUGAUCUGCAAGGCAUGCGACUAGUCAGUGGAGGUCUGGACACCGAACUAGUUGUAAUCGAUGUGGUGGAGCAGGCGGGAAGAGCCAGAUUGAGCGGCCAUAAUGCCGCUAUCACAGAUGCCCAUUUUCUGCAGCGGUUGGUCGACGAAAAUAUCGUUGUCAGCUGCUCGAAAGACACCCAGAUUAAGUUCUGGAACCUGGAAACGCAGUUUUGCUUUAAGACCAUUGUCGACAACCGUACCGAGGUCUGGGCACUGGCCUUUUUUGGUGAUCUGAUGGUUGCUGGAGCUGGAGAGAGCGGCAUGAAUGUUUACCGCCUUAAAAAGCAAGAUGGCACCAUAACAGAGACCUUAGAGUCAGCUGUCGAAGGCCUUUCCAUUGAAGACGAGGACACCAUAAGUCCCAUCAGAGUCAGCAACUGUGGCACCAUCCAGCGGGCUGGAAAGGGUCGCACCGUUAAUCUGGUGACCGAUCCCAGUGAACGAGUGCUCAGCUGCCACGGCACCAAUGAUUUAAUCGAAAACUUUUAUAUCUGCACGCCAGAGGAAGUGAAAAAACGUCUGUCCAAGCGGCUGAAGAAGGAGAAAAAAACCGCAGAAGAGGAAGGUUCGGACGAGACCAAGUUAUCUUCGGAACAGUCACUGAGCGAUGAAAUCAAGCGAUUGGAAAGUAUUCGAGCCAAACAAAAGAUCAAGUCCAUUGAUGUGGUCUUGGGCCAGAACCAAGAGCUGCGUGUCCUUGUCAGCUUAGCCAACAAUAGCCUAUCAUUGUAUUCCCUAGAGGCGUCUAUUAAAACACGCAAGGCAGCCGAUCCAAGUGUGAAACUACUCAGAUCGAUUACUCGUCUCGGCCAUCAGUCGGAGGUGCGAUCCGUGUGCUUCAGCAACGACUCUUUGGCUGUGGGAUCGGGCGCUGGUGAAUCUUUUAAGUUCUGGGAUCGGGAUGCUAUGCAGUGCCUGCGAACUGUGCCAACGGAUUACAUCCUUUGCUCCAAGUUUGUUCCUGGCGAUCACUACGUGCUUCUGGGCAUGAAGAGCGGAAAACUGCUUAUUGUGGAUGUGGCAGCAGCUGAUAUUGUGGAGGAGAUUCCGGCCCACGAAAGCGAGCUGUGGUCUAUUGCUUUACUACCCGAUCAGAAGGGGUGUAUCACUGGCAGUGGCGAUAAUACCGUAAAAAUCUGGACAUUCGAACUGAUAGAUGCCGGAGAAGGCGCUGCACAAACCAAAGUACUGUCCCUGCUGCACAAAAACACUCUAAAGCUAGAAGAGACAGUGCUCUGCGUGAGUGUUAGUCCUGACAUGAAGUAUCUGGCAGUGGGCUUACUAGAUGCCACCGUCAAGAUAUUCUUCCUGGACACAUUCAAGUUCUACUUAUCUCUAUACGGACACAAGUUACCAGUGCUCUGUCUGGACAUCUCCUACGACUCAAAUCUUAUUGUGACCGGAUCGGCGGAUCGUAACGUAAAAGUGUGGGGUCUAAAUUUUGGUGACUGCCAUCGCUCCAUCUUUGCUCACGAUGAUUCGGUGAUGAGUGUACAGUUUAUUCCCAGGACUCACAUGUUCUUUACUUGUGGCAAGGAUGGCAAGGUAAAACAGUGGGACGGCGACAACUUUGAGAAGAUUAUUACCCUGCCCGGCCAUAUAGGAGAGGCGUAUUGUCUGUCAGUAUCUCCAAAUGGUCGUUAUCUGGUCACCUGCGGUUCGGAUCGUACUCUUAGGUUGUACGAGCGCACAGAAGAGACUAUUGUACUGAAAGACGUGCAAGAGGAGGAGCGAGAGCAAAUGGAGAACGAGCAACUGGCCACUGGAGAGGAUAACACAGUACCCCUUCUUCCUGGACUUAAGAUGCCCUCCCGUAAGACUGUGGGCUCUGAACAAUCUGCUGAAUCGAUUCUCGAAUGCUUGGAAAUAUCCAAACAGUUCGAGCUCGAGGCAGAGGAGAAGCCUGAAUUGCAUCCUUUGAUGCAGGCGCUGCAGGUAAAGAAUCCGGAUGACUUCCUGGUCAGUACUUUUAUGCGGAUACGUGCCUCUGAUCUGGAGGAGGCACUGCUUCUGCUGCCGUUUUCCACUGUAUGCGAAGUUCUCGAGCGCCUGCCAACUCUGCUAACUCAGCGACCUGAUCAACUGGAGCUACUAUGUCGCGUCACAAUCUUCCUUUUCAAAGUACACAUGAAGCCCAUAUCGGCGGCAAAGAAUAUGAAGCCCUUGCUGGUUAAACUUCUGUCUAUGCUUAAGCGAGAUGUCGGUCAGCUGCGAGAUGUUUUGGGAUGGAACCUGCACGGCCUUGCCCUGCUUCAAACCGAAGUGGAACAGCGCGAUGGUGUCCAACUCUUCCGCGAGGCUACGCAGACUCGGAAAAAGCGCGACAAGAAGAGGAGAGAGGCCAGCAAACGGAGGCUGCAGAUUCAAAUGGUUUGAGUCAUAAGACCCCUAGACUUAAUUGUACAAAUCCAAUUAAACCACGUUAGUUAUCCUAUA